GGUCCUCACUCCUGGGGUCGUCCUGCUCCCGCGGCUCCGUGUAAUUACCUCCUCUCAGCCACCAACCCGGGAACUUUCUCCGCCCGCACCCGGGAGCAGGGGUGUGCUUUGCCCGGGCGGGUUUCUCCUGGGGUUCACUGGGGGGCAGUCUCUAGAGAAGGGCUUCAGGGUCCCAGAGAGACGCCUGCCUCCAGCCGAGCUGCCGUCGGGUCUCGGCACCCUCUCUUUCCCUCUUCCCUAACCAUGACCGAAAUGAGCGAGAAGGAGAAUGAACCGGAUGACGCGGCCACCCACACCCCCCCGGGGACAGUGUCUGCCCUCCAGGAAAGCAAGCUCCAGCGGUUCAAGCGCUCACUUUCCCUCAAGACCAUCCUCCGAAGUAAGAGCAUGGAGAACUUCUUGUUUCGCUCAGGCUCUGAGCUCAAGUGCCCCACUGAGGUGCUGCUGACGCCCCCGACCCCACUGCCCCCUCCCUCUCCACCGCUGGCAUCUGCUGACAGGGGCCUGCCCACCCCCGCCCCAUCCCCCUGCCCAAUCCCACGACCCCUGGCAUCACUCAAACCAGUGAGGCUGCACAGCUUCCAGGAACACGUCUUCAAGCGAGCUAGCCCCUGUGAGCUGUGCCACCAGCUCAUUGUGGGAAACUCCAAGCAGGGUUUGCGGUGUAAGACAUGCAAAGUCAGCGUCCACCUCUGGUGCUCUGAGGAGAUCUCCCACCAGCAAUGCCCAGGCAAGACGUCCUCCUCCUUCCGCCGCAACUUCAGCUCCCCGCUCCUGGUUCAUGAGCCGCCACCAGCCUUUGCCAUGAGCAAGGAGUCCCCACCCACUGGGGCCAGCAGGAAGGUGGACCCUGUCUAUGAGACCCUGCGCUAUGGCACCUCGUUGGCCCUGAUGAACCGCUCCAGCUUUAGCAGCACCUCUGAGUCCCCCACGCGGAGCCUGAGCGAGCGGGAUGAGCUGACCGAGGAUGGGGAAGGCAGCAUCCGCAGCUCAGAAGAGGGCCCUGGCGACAGUGUAUUCACAGCCCCGGCCGAGAGUGAAGGGUCAGGACCAGAGGAGAAGAGCCCUGGACAGCAGGUCCCCAGGCCCCCCCUACGGAAGGAUGUGGGACCCAUGUACUCCUACGUCGCGCUCUACAAGUUUCUGCCCCAGGAGAACAACGACCUGGCUUUGCAGCCUGGAGACCGGAUCACGCUGGUGGAUGACUCUAACGAGGACUGGUGGAAGGGCAAGAUUGGCGACCGGGUUGGCUUCUUCCCAGCCAAUUUUGUGCAGCGGGUGAGGCCAGGCGAGAACAUUUGGCGCUGCUGCCAACCCUUCUCCGGGAACAAGGAACAAGGCUACAUGAGCCUCAAGGAGAACCAGAUCUGUGUGGGCAUGAGCAGGAGCAAGGAUGCUGACGGCUUCAUUCGCGUCAGCAGUGGCAGGAAGCGGGGCCUGGUGCCAGCUGAUGCCCUGACCGAGAUCUGAGAGGAGCCAAGAGAACCCAGAAGCCACCCCUGCCUGUGCCCGGCCCUCGCUUCUGGCCCCAGGAAGGGAGCAGGCAUCUGCCCACUCCCUCCCUCUGCCCCUCUCCUAGGGGCCAUGCACCAUGACUUGGGAGCCUUCUGCACUGAGGAAGGUGUUCCUUCUUGGGUCCUGGGGUGCCCUGAGGAGGUUGCUGCUCUGAGACUUGGGGGUGGGGAGGAGGAGAAAGUGGGAGGGAAUGUGAAGACUGCAGGUGGGUUUCCCCAGUGCCCAGACGCCCCCAGUCCAGUUGCCAUGCUGAGUCCAGCCCUGAAAGGAAGUUCCUGGGAAACUUCCCUGCUGCCUCUUCCAGAGAGCGUUCUCCUGCCCACAGCACCUUUGCUGGCCUGACAGCUCCUCUCUCCUCACAGAGCCUCUGCUUGGGUCUUUGUGCCUGUGACCCUGCAGCUGCCCCUUCUGAAGUGGGGCCUUGGGAAGGUGCCUUCCUGAGUCCCUCAGCCCCAGCUCUAGGUGGGGAGGGAAUUCAGGGCUGCGGGAGGAUGCUGGUCACUCCAUCAAUUCUCAGGAAAGCUCUGUGUUUAUCUCUCCCAUUACUUGAAACCUGGGUAGACAGAGAAGAGGCGCGCUGAGGCCUGGGGAGGGUGUGGUAAAUCAGAAACUGUCCCCUCAAGUAAGACAGUCGCCCAGAACAGCCUCACUCUUCCCUGUUCACUGGGAAAGGACACCCAAGAGCGGCCUGCACACAGAAAACCAACUGAGAACAAAAGACUAGCCCACGCCUUGUCAAAACAACCCCCAUUUCACUGUCGGGACUCCAAAAGCUCAGUUCCUGUCCCAGGCCUCACCAGGCCUGCCCCAGGAACCCCACCCUCAGGUCUGAUCCCGCAAUGGCCCUCCUUCAACCCCUCUCUCCAGGCUCUGCAGGGUUAGGGCUGCCGUUGCAGGGAUCCCUUUUCUGGCCACACCUGUUCUCUUGUCCCAGACACAGAGCCCUGGGAGGAAGAGGGAGUGGGAGACAGACAAAGAAUUCUGUUUGAGCACCAGGAAGGGAAGAGGGCAGGCAUGCUGAGGGUGGGGUGAGGGUACCAAAAGAGGACCCCUCCCUUGCAGGUUGCUCUUCUCUGGUGCCAACCGCCCUCUCCCCCACAAGCUCAGAGCCUCCUCUUGUGCCCUUGUGCCAGCCAACGCCACCCCCCAUCCUGGGCACACCCUCCCAUGCAGUGGGAGGGACACACCCUCCUAC